AUGUCGUUGCAAGAUCUUUCCAUAGGAAACGACCUUAAAGACCAGUUCAAGCCCACUCAUAAAUGGAUCAACAAUGGUAUAUCGUGGUUGCUGGACCUCGAAAGCUUUUACAAAGAAAGAGCUACCAUUGAACAAGAAUACGCAGCGAAGCUAAAGGACCUCAGCAAAAGACACUUUGCUAAAAAGGCAAAACACUCAUCGUCAUUAUCUGUGGGUGACGAGCCUCAAAUAACUCCGGGUUCGUUGGAAAGCGCUUCAGUGGUCUUGUGGAAUGAGGUGCUUACGCAAACCGAGAACAUUGCCAACACGAGAGACAAGUUGGCCGAUGAAUUCACCCUGAACAUUGCCUCAAAUAUCGUUCAAUUGCAAAGCAAAUGUCUGAAUAUAUCCAAGCACAUUGAGAUUAUCCACGACUUCUUGCAAACCGAAAAGACCAAAGUUGAGGAUGAUGUCUCAAAGUCCAAAAAGCAUUACGAUUCCUUGUGUCAGCACACUGAGAGUGCUAGAGUCAAGACGGAGAAGUCCUCAAGCGAGAAAUACCAGGAAAGGCUCAAGGAGAGAGAAGUUGAGAUGAACAUCGGCAAAAACGCCUACUUGAUCUGCAUCAGUCAGGCCAACAGACUCAAAGAUAAGUACUACUUCCAGGAUCUACCCGAGAUUCUUGAUUAUUAUCAGGACCUUAAUGAGACCCGUACAAGUAUCUUGAACAAGAUUCUCAAGAACGCUUCGAUUAUUGAGCGUAACUCGAACGAUAAGGUCAAGGACUUGCUUCAUGACGUGGAUGCAGUCAUUGACCAGAACAACCCUAAGUUGGAUGUUGCAAUGUACAUUAAACACAACAGCAGGUCUUGGAAGGAGCCAAAUGAUUUUGUCUUCGAGCCAUGCAGCUUCUGGCAUGACGAUGAAUCGUUGGUGACGAAAGAACCAGAGUUGACCGACUUGAAGAGACGUCUCAACCAGACCAUCAGCAAGUAUAACAUUGGAAAAGAGAAUACUUUUUCAGCCAAACAAAAAUUAGAAGAGAUGGCACAGGACAGGUCAAGUUCUGAAGACAAGGAUUCACUUAGGUUCGAUCUGAGACUUGACGACGUCUUGACGCUACUUCAUAAGUUCAUGCAAGAAGAUUCCGAGAGAGUGAAGCUCGAAGUCGAGAUCGAAAUUAUCCAAAACUUUGCCGGUGAUCAGGAUAUGUCAUAUUAUGAAGAGGCCAAACCGAAGAAAUCACGCUUUGGUUUAUUCAAGCACAAAAAACGUCAAAGCACUGAUCAAGGAAGUGACGGACACUCACUUUACACCGUCACGAGUAAUGUUACUACACAUUCCGGUGGACUUUUUAGUUUGAGGAGAAACAAAACCGCUACAAGCAAUGCAGAGGGCAGUGCAGCCAGCGACUCCGUAGCGACGGCAAACUAUCCAUACGAUGCUGACGGAGAGGACGAAAUUACAGUCAGACCCGGGGAAAGUUACGAUGUUGUGGAAGCAGAUGAUGGAUCUGGUUGGACAACUCUCAGAAAUUCGUCUGGUCUACAAGGCUUAGCUCCUACUUCAUAUUUGACAAUCACAGCAGGCAGCGCAGGUAGCAAUGAGCCACUGACGCCGAAGAAGAAGGGACCCGCUGUGGCUCCAAAGCGUGGUGCCAAGAGGGUGGAAUAUGUGGAAGCAUUGUAUGACUAUGUUGCAGAUGAAGAUAACGAGUUGAGCAUUCGGGCGGGUGAUAAGAUCGUGCUCGUACAGGCGGACACUGAUGGCAGUGGAUGGACCGAAGGAGAGCUAGAUGGUCAGAAGGGUUUGUUCCCCACUGCCUAUGUAAAACGCAUAUAG